ACAACCAAUAAAUGCCAGCGGUAGGGUAAUGACAGCCAACAAACAGAAACAAGUCAAGGUAAAAACGUGUUUCUACUUCUUCUCCGGCAGUUCUGCAGGACUCGCGGUUAACCACACGCGGAGUAUCAUUUCGCAGUGAAGUGUCUGUAAUUACUAGAACGAAAUGAAUAAAUCUUUUUCACUGCUAAUGUUCGCCAUCGUUGGCUACAAUUGCCAGGACUUCGCGUUUCCGGAAAGUCCGGGACAGAGACUAGACACCGACACUAAAACGGAUCGAGUGCCACUGUUUGCCCCCGACAGGUGCCCCGAGAACCAAUUACUCUACCCGGGGAACCAAAAAAACGACUGGAUUUGUGAUUGCGGGCCCGGGUUUAUUUACUACCCGCCACGGGAUGGUUGUUUCAGUGCCUACAGACAGGGCCCUUGUGCCUCGGGGUACCACCUGAUCUUGAAGCGAAACCAAGUUGUGCCCGAAUGUGUGAUCAACCCGUGCAAGGAUGGUUUCGCCAGGUACAAAGGGAAGUGCUACGAGAUGGGGAAGCCCAACGGCCCGUGCCCCCCCGUGGAGGCGGGCGGCGGGAUUUUUGACGUGAAUGCCACAACUUUGGCAGUCGAGUGCCUGAAAGGCACCGACCGCUUGUCUUUGUUCAACAUUCCGAAAAACUGCCCCCCUGGCAGCAAGCGGGACCGCAACAACAAGUGUCGAGAGAACUGGAAUGUAUGAGCGCGAUUUGUAACAAAAAAUAUUUAUUUGUUAUUAAUAAAGUUUUUAUUUUAUUAA